AAGAAGAAGACCUAAUUAUAGGUGCUACUUCAUUGCCAAAAAAUAGAAAACCAAUACAUGAAAUAUUUAAAUAUCGGGACAGUGAAGGAUUUUAUGAAAUUCUUAUCAAUAGACAUUUAAAAAACAACAAUAUACAAUUUCGUGAAUUUUUCCGUUUAAAUUGUCAACAGUUCGAUUUUUUAUUAUCUUUAGUAGAAAAUCAGUUAGUUUUACAACCUACAAAUCGUAUAAAAAAACCAAUAACACCAGCAGAAAAAUUAGCAGUCACUUUAAGAUACGUUGCCACUGGCGAAUCUAUAAGAUCUUUGUCGUUUUCAUUUCGAAUAAAGCAUUGGUAUUUGAGCAGUAUCAUAAAAAAUACACUAGCUGCGUUAAAAAUUAAAUUGAUGCCAAUUUUUAUGCCUGAUAUAAAAGAUAUUGAUUUUAAACAAAAAGCUGCAGAGUUCUCUUACAAAUGGAAUUUCCCGAACUGUAUUUUGGCCAUUGAUGGAAAACACGUCCGAAUCCGAAGUUCAAGUAAUUCUGGAUCACUUUUUCACAAUUAUAAAGACUAUUUUUCCAUAGUACUUUUGGCAAUGGUGGAUGCCAAUUACAAGUUCGUAGCAGUCGAUAUAGGUUCAUUCGGUAAAGAGGGUGAUAGCGGUGUUUUUUUAAAGUCCAAUAUGGUAAAACAAAUUUUAAAUGGCACUUUUAAAUUCCCAGAGGAUUGUAAUCUCCCUGGAUCUGAUAAGGUGGCUCCUCAUGUAAUCGUAGGUGACGAAGCUUUCCGUUUACAUAAGCACAUUAUGAAACCAUACACUCGUAAAUCUUCCAGAGCAAAUCCUGCAGAAUCCGUCUUCAAUUACAGGUUAAGUCGCGCACGAAGAGUGACUGAAAAUGCUUUUGGACUAUUGAGUCAAAUUUUUAGGAUUUUUUACCAACCAAUAAAUUUAGAAAUCACGACAAUUGACGACCUUGUAUGGGUAACUUGCUGCUUACAUAAUAUGCUACGUGAAGGUUACAUGGAAAAAAAUAAACGACCCUUUUUCGAUCUUAAUUCGGAAGAACCACCGCCUUUUACCAAUAUGAUGCCACUAUCUCGAAGAGGAGGAUUUUCAAAUAUGGAAGGGUUCGAGGUCAGAGAAAUAUUCAAAACAUUUUUUAAUGACACGAGGGUGCUCUUUCUUGGCAACCAAACUUUUAAAAAUAUAUGA